CCCCCUUGAAAUUCCUGUGAUUUCCGUAUAUCUCGCAACAAGAAAUACUCAAAUGUCUCAUUUCUCUCUCUUUCUCUUUUGCCACCCCCAAAAAGUUCUGUUCUUGAGGAACAUUCUCAUUUCUGCUGGGUAAAUUUUCUUUCAAAACAACGUUAGUGGUGUUAAUGUAGGGGUUUUUCACAUUAUUGAUCCCAACCCUCGUCCAGUCUGUGACCCAUUUCCCAUCUGGGUCGUAUCCGAAUCCUUACGGUAUAGGAGACAUUUGAUGGGUAUUGGGGGUCAUGGGUUGCGUUAGCUCCAAGAACGCUACAAUAGAAUCAUCUAAACUCGAUGCCUCCUCCUCUGCCUCAACUGCAGCGGGCCGAAGAAAUGGUUCGGGCCACCGUCUUCCUACGUUAUCUUCAUUGCGUGCAUUCGGGCUGCCUUUGGAGAAGAUUAAGGAGGAACCUGAGGAAGAGAAGGAGGGGGAAUCUGUGAAGAAAAGGCGCAGUGAUGUGGAAUAUUCCGGGAACUUGAGGGCUUUAAAGAGAGGGGCCUCCCAGAAGAAGGCUGUUUUCAGCUUUAAAUUUGGGAGGUUGACAGAAAGCGAGCAUGUAUCGGCUGGGUGGCCGCCUUGGCUCUCUGCCGUGGCUGGGGAAGCCAUUGAGGGAUGGCUACCUCUCAGAUCAGAUGCAUUCGAGAAAUUAGACAAGAUUGGACAAGGCACUUACAGCAAUGUUUACCGUGCACGGGAUGUGAAAACUGGUAAGAUGGUUGCCCUGAAGAAGGUACGGUUUGACAAUUUUCAACCAGAAAGCGUAAGAUUUAUGGCAAGAGAAAUAACGAUUCUACGCAAACUUGACCAUCCAAAUAUCAUGAAGCUGGAAGGCAUAAUCACUUCUCGAUUAUCAUGUAACAUAUAUCUUGUUUUCGAAUACAUGGAACACGACCUCUCUGGGCUGUUAUCAUGUCCUGAUAUCAAAUUCAGUGAUUCACAGAUCAAGUGCUAUAUGCGGCAACUACUGUGCGGAUUAGAGCAUUGUCACUUGCGAGGUAUAAUGCACAGGGAUAUUAAAGCAUCAAAUAUUUUAGUAAACAAUGAAGGAUGUUUGAAAAUAGCAGAUUUUGGGCUAGCAAAUUUUAUGAGAGCAAAGAAUAAGCAACCGUUGACCAGUCGUGUGGUGACUUUGUGGUAUCGCCCCCCUGAACUCCUGUUAGGGUCAACAAAUUAUGGGGAAUCAGUGGAUGUAUGGAGUGUUGGUUGUGUUUUUGCUGAGCUUUUUAUUGGAAGGCCUCUUCUCAAAGGCAGAACAGAGGUUGAACAAUUGCACAAAAUCUUCAAACUUUGUGGUUCUCCACCUGAUGAUUAUUGGAAAAGAUCAAAACUUCCUCUUGCCACCAUGUUUAAACCCCAGCAACCUUAUGAAAGUACACUUCGAGAAAGAUGCAAGGAAUUCCCGAAAAGUGCAGUAAACCUCAUAGAAAAAUUUCUUUCCAUUGAACCUUACAGUCGUGGUACUGCUUCUUCUGCUCUUGAAUCUGAGUAUUUCCAUCCCAAGCCUUACGCAUGUGAUCCAUCGAGCUUGCCAAAAUAUCCACCAAACAAAGAGAUUGAUGCUAAAUUCCGUGAAGAAGUGCGAAGGUGA